AUGGAAGGUACACCAGGAACAAUAGGCCUUAGACGUGAAACAAAAACGUACUGGGAGAGGCGUGUAGCUAUUACACCUAAAGAUGUCACAGUCUUGAUAAAUGAAGGAAUUCGUGUUUUAGUUCAGCCAUCUCCAACCCGAUGUUUUUCUGACAUCGAAUUUUUAAAAGCUGGAGCAGAAAUAACAGAAGACCUUUCUGAAGCUCAGUUGAUUAUUGGGAUCAAAGAAGUUCCCAUUGCAGAGCUACUGCCUAACAGGUCAUACCUAUUCUUUUCACACACAUAUAAAGGCCAGCCCUACAAUAUGCCAUUGCUAGAUGCAUUGUUAGAGAAGCGAAUCAGGCUUUUUGACUAUGAAUUAAUCAAAGACGUCAACCCACCUCACAAUCGUCUUGUAGCUUUUGGGGUUUUUGCCGGAAAUGCAGGGGUUAUUGAUUUUAUUCAAGGUCUUGGGAAAUUUUUGCUGAUGAGAAAUAUCUCGACUCCUUUUAUUUUGCAAGGAUUUUCUUAUUAAUUUUAUAAUAAAUAUAGAAAAAAUAAAAAACAAAAAAAAAUAUUAUUUAUAGGAACAAUUGGGAAUAUAUGUAUAGAAAUCUAGCAGACGCCUGCCAGAAUAUAAGAAAUAUUGGAGAAAUCAUAUCAAAAGAAGGAUUUUUACCUUCCUUGUCACCUAUGAUUUUUGGAGUAACAGGAACCGGAAGAUGCGCUGAAGGAGCGAUGCAGAUUUUGACGAUUUUCCCUCAUGAAAUAUUGACUCCUGAGGAGUUGCUGAAAUUUGAGCCAACUCCGGAGUCGAGGUUCAAGAUUUAUAUUGUGCAAUUUCCCUCUGAUAAAAUUAUAGAGAGAAAAGAAGGAGGCGGAUAUGAUAGAGAAGAAUUCCAUGAAAAUCCUGAGCUGUAUCAAAGCACGUUUAUUAAAUAUGCAGAAAAAUUGUCAGUCAUUGUACAUUGUGCAUUUUGGAGCACAAAACAGCCAAGAUUAUUAACUAUAGAACAAGCAAGAACACUUAAGGGGAGGCUCUUACUUUUGUAGGCCAAUAAUAAAUAAUAAAAAUAAUAAUUUUUUUAAUUUACUUAUUUUCUGAUUUUUUUAAUAUUUUGUAUGAGAGUUAGGUAUUUGCGAUAUUUCAUGCGACUUUAAUGGUGGAAUUCAAAUUUGCCGAAAAUUUACAACGCCAGAAGACCCAUUCUAUCUAUACUGCCCUACUGAUGAUAGAAUUUACAGACUCAACCAAGAGCAUGCCCAAACUUCAAUUCUCUAUCACAGUAUGGAUUUUUUGCCCUCUGAGCUGCCUAGAGAUGCCUCAGAGCAUUUUUCUCACAAAAUAUUAGGAUAUGUCCGAGAACUUGCAUGGGAUAACGCUAAUAAACCAUUUGAAGAAAUGUCGCUUCACCCUGAAAUAAAGCACGCUAUGGAGACUUGCCAUGGAGAUUUGACGCCGAGUUUCCAAUAUAUUAAAGAAUUAAGGAAAAAAACAGUCAUUCCUGUAGACACCCAUGACCAUGUCUAUGAAAUGGGCCAAAUUAUUUCAAAAAAUGAAGAUUUAUUAGCAGACCUUGAAAAUACAAAAUAUAGACAAGGGUUAAUACCAGAGUCAGAAAAUGCUAUAUAUCAGCUGAGUGAGAUUAUUGAAGAUAACAAUAACAUAAUACAAGGGUAA